CUUUCUGUCUGUAUACUCAAGGAGUUGUAUAUAUUUUGCAACGAGGUUCCUUGAUACUUUGCCUAUCGUGAUGAUCUUCUGCGAUCAAUGACUUACCGGUGACAUUUGACCUGUAAACAUCUUCGAUAUUAUUAUUUUGUCUCUCUGCAAGCAUGGAAAAUAUUGGAUGUUUAGAAAAUGUAGUGGUCAAACAAGAACCAGAAGAUGCUAAUGAGAUUGAAGAUUCUAAUGAUAUACUUUCAACGACCGUUCAACAAGAUGACAUAACUAUUUCUAACUGUGAGUCAUUUGAAAUUAAAGACGAACCUUUGGAGAAAGCCCCUGAAAUUGAUUAUGAUGCAAUUGGAGAAUUUUGCUUUGAAUCUGACCAUUUAGCUUUAAAAACUAAUAGCGAUUACAAAAAUCUUCUGGAGUCUAUCGUUAUACUUGAAGCUCAACGAUCAAAAGCUAUCAAGGACUUAGACAGACUUUUACAAUGUCAAGAAGAGGCUUUAUCAGAUCCUAUUGCUUUUGUGGAAAAGCUACAAAGGAAAGAAAAUAUGAACAUUCCUGACCCUCAAAAAAUUCACCAAUUGCCAGUCAUAGAUUGGAGUAAAUAUGCUCUGAGUGGAAAUGCUGCUGCUUUUGGAAGGAGGCAACUAACUCGACUUUCUACAAGGACAUCACUAGACUUUUCCAGAAAUGCAAGCAAAGGAAAAGCAAACAAGUCUAAUGAUCAAAAACAAAGUAAACCUAAUAAUUACUGGACUGUAGAGGAACAGAGACGUUUAGAAGAACUGCUGUUGCAAUUUCCCCCUGAAGAAAUUGAAACACGUAGGUGGGAAAAAAUUGCCAACUGUCUGGAAAAUCGAACUCCUGUUCAGGUUGCCAGCAGAGUUCAAAAGUAUUUCAUCAAACUAAUGAAAGCGGGCAUUGCUAUUCCUGGUAGAAUGCCUAGCAAGGAGUACCUGAGGAAGCCUCGUCGUAAUGUUAUUCGUCAACAGCCAAGUACAUUCUUAGUCUCACACACACCUCCUGUAUAUAUGCCUGAUGGUGAUGAUGACUUCAGUUAUAACUAUUCACAACCUCAAAGUGCAGAUGAAAAUUCCAUGGAAUCAAAAGUUGAUAUAUCAGAUGAUGAAGAAAUAAGUUCAGAACUUCGAAAUUCCCCAGAAUUUCAAGAAUUGAUGAUGUUAAAGAAGAUACAGAAGGAGAAACUUAGGUCAUGUGGUUUGGCUCAGCAUUUUGGCUAUAAAUGUUGUCGGUGCAAAACUGAUCCUAUUAUAGGAGUACGGUGGCAUUGUACAGAGUGCAAACCACCUAUGAAUAUUGAUUUCUGUGAGGAUUGUGUUGAGUGUAUGCAUGAAAUUGGACAGCAUACUGCAGAUCAUAGGCUAGAAGCUAUACAUCAUGCAAGCACUGGAUUUCUCGAUCGCGAUUAUAUGCAUUUCUUAGGAAAUGAUUACAACUAUCUGGAUCCUAACUAUAUGCCAGCUACAUAGUUUACAAAUAUAUAUGACAUAUGUAAAUAACUGUGAAUAAAGUUUUAUUAUUAUUUCCCCCCGUCA